CUGAUAGGCGGCACUGACUGGCACUGAUAGGCGGCAUGAUGGUGGCACUGACUGGCAUUCAUAGAUGGCACUGAUGGGUAACACUGAAAGGCAGCUCAGAUGGGCACUGAUAUGUGACAUUGAUGUGGCACUGAUGGGCACUGGCAGGUGGCAUGGAUGAGCACUGAGAGCUGGCAAUGAUGGACACUGACAGGUGGCGCUGCUGGGGCUACACAGAUCAUCAGGGCAAACUGAUCAUCAGUGCUCUGAUGAUCACUGUCAGCGUGACAGCUCGUGAGGAGAGAAAUGCCGAUAACCGGCAUUUCCCUGUUUGCAUGUGAACAGGUGUGUUUGGACACAGCUGAUCACAU